AUGAUUUAUUUCACAGAUGAUGCAGAAGAAAUUUUGAAGAGUCCAGAUGUAGAAAAACCAGUUGGCAAGAAAAAGUCAUCUGUUCCAAAGAAAGGAGUGGUAUACGAACCUUCUUCUGUUGUUCCAAAAAAGAGUGCUGAUCCAGAGAGCCUGAAGCCAUCUGUAGUUCCUAAAAAAGGUGCAGACCCAAGCAGCCUAAAACCAUCUGUUGUUCCAAAGAAAGAUGCUGAUCCAGAGAGCCUGAAGCCAUCUGUAGUUCCCAAAAAAGGUGCUGAUCCAGAGAACUUAAAACCAUCUGUAGUUCCAAAGAAAGGUGUUGAUGCUGAACUGGUUAACCCCAUAGUUUCUGAGGCUAAUAUGCAAAUCCCAACCCAGAAAGACCCAACGGUUGUGAAAGAGAGCACAGUAUCAGAUGGUAGUGCAGUGCUUUCUGAAAAGUCAAAGUCUAAUCCAUCGGCAGCUGUCAAUGCCUUACCAUCUAGUCCACAGAAGAAACCUACACCAAGCCUAAUUAGCCCCACCAAACCUUUGAAGGGAUCUCCAACCCCAAGCCCAGUACUACCCACCGUACAUUUGGCCAGCCAGAAUGAGUCUUCCAACAGCACAAAGCCAGAGAGCAGCCCACCUUCUACUGACUCCAGUGAGAGCCGCUCGAAGCCAACAGCAGCUGUAGACAACCUUGAUGCAGAGGAGAAGGAUUCAGAGGGUAGUGGUGCAUACACACCAGCUGCUGUGGGAAUCGUAUUGCUCUUGUGCAUUGUUAUCACUGUCAUGAUUUUAGGUAUCCGAAGACUGCAAGAUGUGUGGAUGAGAAGACACUAUGCUCGGAUGGAUUUCCUUAUUGAUGGAAUGUAUGACAUGUAAUGGAGUCUUAUUUGUUGAGUAUUUUGGUCACAAAAAGUGAUGAUACAUAUUUUUAUAAUUUUUUAAAGUUUACAUCAAUGAGGUUACAUUUUGUACACAUAUUUCAAGUGUUGCAUUUCUGCUUUACAUUUAAAAAAUACAGAUACUGAUGAUACUGUUGCAGCUUAUUGUAUUUUAUUUGUUCUUGGGUGGUGCUUAGUCAUAGUAUUGAUAAGUGAACAGAUUUUUUAAUGACUGUUAAAGGUAAAAACUCAGGUUUUUAAAAGUCUUGGUAGAGUGUAGUAUAUAAUUAGAAACUGCAUAUUUGGAAAUAGAGAGUACGAUAUAGGUAAUUUAUUCUUUUAAUGUGUUAUUUUGGUGCAUUAGAAUAUUUUAUAUAUGUGAAUCUCCAAAUUGCAGUGUAGCAAUAUAGUCACUCAUAAUGGGUACCUAAACUUUGAAGUCAUUUUAAGUAUAUACUGUAAUGUAAUGUGGGAAUUCUUGAAAUAAAAUGUGAUUGCUCAUGAAUGACAGAAUUUUGUCAUUGUGAUGCUGUUAUUUAUGUAUCAUGAAACAUCUUUUGGAAAAAAAGGUUCAGAAAUAGUAAAUUAAUGUGAAGAAUUUUAUAGAAAUUGUUGUAAUGUUGAUAAGAAAAUAAAGUUUAAGAAUAGAGGACAUUGCUUGUUAGGCUUACUAAAACUAGGUCUGACAUAUUAUUUUAGUGACCAUCUCUCUUCUUAGGUAGUAUUGCAGCUUUUUCCAUUCAGCUUGUGUUAAAGUAAUAUUACUGUAUUACUUUACGUAGUAAUGCUAUCAAUUACCAUUUAGAGUGAGUCAGAUGCUCGUAUGCAUGUAUAGCUCAGUAAGAGAAUCUGGUUUCCAUAUCAUUUAUUGUAAGUGUGCAGGGUAAUGCUUAUGAUGUUUUGUAUGUUAACUUUGUGCGAAUUUUCAAAAAUGAACGAACAGUUUUGCCAUACAUUACCAUUACAAUUUUUGUAAUACAUUAAACAUAAUUUUUACUCGUAUACAUGGUAAUAAGGAUUCCUUUCAAGGUAAUUCCCUGUUUAGCUCUGUCAAGUAUCUUUUCAAAAGAAACAGGUAAAAUGUCUUUCAAAAUAUGGAAUAGUACGAAUUACUGUGCCUUUUUUAUGCCUUUUACAAAUUAAUAGAUUACAGUGACUUUGUCUAUAUGUAUUAAA